GGAAGCCCACGAGGAACGAGAUCCCAAUGGAGUGUAUGCCUAAAAAGGGAACAAGAAAAUGCAGUAUUCUGCAGUUUAAAGAUGGAAGAGAUGGCUCCGGUUCCAAGAAGUGAUAUAUAACUAUCGUUACUCCUCGCUUUCACUCCUAAUCGUCAUGUAUGAGCGGUAGACAAAUCAUGUGCAGAAGUCUGCAGGGCCCCAAUGGUAGUACAUAAAUAAGAAUCCAGAGAUAGCUAUUCCAACGCUUUUAGGGAACGAUAAGAAAAUUGGGAAAGCGGGGGGAGUUAGAGGCAACGCGGUAAGAGACAAAGAUUCGAUUCAGCUAUAUACAAAUGGCUGAAUCGUGGCUGCUGUCAACAAAUGAGAUCUACAGAAAUAAAAGAAACAGAAUAUCGACAAGAUGCAAUGCAUCCUGCCAUUGUCGCUCUUAGCCAACUAAGAGAGUGAUUCCCAAUUUUCCACGGCUGGAUGGCCAGGAAAGUCCAAGCAACAUCGGAAUCCAUGGGAGUACAUGAGGAAGUGUCUGUGGCUUUCCGGUAGCACACAAGAAGUACAACGUAUGCAAAGCGGAACACGAGCGUUUUUGCUUGUUCUUUGUUCGAGGGAAAACAGAUGAUCCUGUGGCCAAGCGUGGUGAUACAGACAGGUCCAAAAUCUGAACUAUCUCGCAGAGCCAGGAAAAGUCGGCAUUGUCCAACGCGGCAGCCUGGUUGGAUAGCGCGUCGGCGUCGGACGGUGUGCCCAUCUGAUGGUUGCUCGUUGCUUGCUGACGUUGAGCAGAGCGUUGUCCGCGCUGGCUCGAAGCUCGAAAAGCUCGAAGCCGAUGUUGUUGAUAAGAUGAAGUUGAAGUUGAAGUUGCCCAGAGCGGACGCAGGUACCAAGCCGGCCCGGAACUUUGAUUCUCCUAUCCGCUUCAGCCUCCUCCCGUUAGGUAGGUCCCCGCCCGUCCACUCCACCCCGUCCAGUUUUAUUUCAUUAUUGCCUACUCCGUACCUAUUAUUUCCAAGUCCAGGGCAGCGACUUGCUGUACCCACAUCCACACCCGGAUAUCAAUAUCAACAAUCCCUGGUGCUUUUUCGAAGGUCAAGCUUCCCUAACCAAGUAAGUGAAGGAGAGGGUGUUUAAUCAAGCUAACUAAUAUUAUUAACUUGCUUCCUCACCUCCAAGACCUCCUCCGUUGAUUCGCAGCUCCCGCUUUGCUUUUUCUUUCCUUUUCCUCACUUUUGCUUCCGCUUGCCUUGCGACGACUAUGGGGGAAACUAUUACAUGCAUCUGCAGCUCACUGGGUCCCCCAGCAUCCUGGGGCUAGCUAUUUCUAGCGAACAUCACCUAUACCUAGCUAGGGACGGGAAUAUCAAAUGCAGGCUUCCGGGUUACGAGAAUAAUGAAUUUGGGCUCGGAGGUCCUGCGAACAGCCUCCACUAACUUCUUAGCAUAAGGGAUCGCGGCAGACUAUCUGGUUAGCUUACAUGCUUCUUACAGCCACAUUGAUAUAUCUGGAGCAAUAUCUGGUACACUAGGACCUGUCAGGCUAUUGCACUCUUCUUUUUAAUAUAAAGAGUCUGGACAAGCCGCUUCGAUCGCCCUCCCCCGUAUGUACUGUUGAUCGACGAAGACCCUCGGUCCCGGAAUUUCCGACUGUCAUGCAGUGAUGCAGCCGCAAACGAGGGGGCCAAUUACACUCCAUACCUUGCCUACGCAUUCGGAUGUCGACUGUAAGUUGCAUUGACAUGUCAUCCACACCCUUUUUUCUUGUGCAUGAAGUGGAAAAUGUACUCCGUACUCCGUACACAGCCUGGAGGCGCUCUUCCUGCACGUAAAGAAAAGUUUCGGCCGUGCUUCCUGCAUGCAAUUGUCAACCAUCCCGCACCCGGAGUCACUUGCCCAAUCAGACAUACCUCAGGUCACGUCUUCUGAUGUUGUCUCUCUGUCCCAGUCCUUCAACAGGCCGGAACAGGGUGUUGCGUUUUCGGUCGGGUUCGAUGAUGCAGACCGUGCUAACCGAUGUAGUGCAAUGCAUCGGGUUAUCGGGGUCCUCUCUUUGCUUUACAUGCUUCUUGCUCGCCUUGCUUAUCAGAGCUAACGUUCGAGCCGUUCCUCCACCCCGUUUACUUGCCAUCCCCCUGCCUUGAUGUGCGCUGGAGCUGAGAGAAAUUCAAGCUUCCUGAUCAGACUAAUGGCUUGGCAGGGGAGAAACCUUUUUCGCUUGAUUUUUCUUGCCCUGCUGUCAUGAACAAAUUAGCCGUGGAGUCACCUCACUGACGAUUUAGAGCAGGCUCUGUCAAAAGCCGAACUUCGAGAGCUGAUCAGGCAGCAUAUUAUCGCGCACCUGCGGAUACAAACUGGUACCUGGCCGUGCAAGCUGUCUUGAAAAUGCUUUGAUAAAACCUGCAAUAUGGAUAGUAUUCAUUCUCUACCAUUCACUUUGCGCUCGGUAUCUGCAAACGACACAGAGUAUUGAAUAUUUGACCUGAAUAUGAAGGCAUCAAGCCACGAAGACACUAUACGGAUGCUUGUUUUACAAACAACGUGGUUCCUCUCGUUUGUCUUACCCGAGUGUCUAACUGGUCGUGAGGUAUGACCGCAAUGUCGCCUCCCAUGAAACAGCUCUCUGCAAGACUUCUUCUUCCCCAAAUCGAGCGGUGAGAACCCGAUAGGAACUGUGUUUUGAUCUCAGGUUAGUCUCGCAUCCGUUUGUGCAUUGAUAUCCAGUAUACGCUGCGUAUAGCAUGGCUACCCUCUGUAGAAGAAUCAUUAGCGCCGCAUUGGCUUAAUUUAUGCAAUCAGCAACACCUGCGACAUCAGUAUAAUAGCACACACCUUCAUUCCCUAACAUCAGACGUUAUGUCCGGUUUAUUGUCGAAUGCUCCUGUGUAAAGCUAACAAACGAAAAAGAGUGAUCCAACUUUUAACCUUUGAGAUGUGGCCAAAGUGCAAAAUCUUGCUAUGACUCACACCGUCUCCACUCGCCAACCAGCAUCAAGGCAAAAAAAAGAGAGAGAGAGAGAGAGCGAGA